AUGUCGACGACGCCCGAAACGGCCAACUGUGUGCCGCCGUCCGCCACGAGUAGUCCUGCAGUAGAUGACGGAGUUGAAAACCCUGCUGACCGAACUAUGGAAUUAUGUAGCGAUUCCGGUCAACUAUGUGUAGAAACUGCAGGACACAUAUGUGACCAUAACGAACCAGGUGCAGGUGACCACGAACACGGCGACGGACGACGGUCAAAGCCAGUCAGGAGCCGAUCGUUUUGGGAACGUUCUAUGAAAUUUGUCAGGCGUUUAUUAUGCUGCACAUCUAGUCCCGAGGAAUAA